AUGUCUUCACCGGACUACGAGAACGCCCAGCAGGUUCCCCAGGAUGACGCAUCCUACAAGCUGAUGCCGUCGCGAAGCGUCCGGGGAGGACCGUUCAGAAUGCCGCCCGACGUCAUGUCAAAGGGUCUCGGCAAAAUCGACAUGAAGCCCCCCCUUGAUUCGUUCUGCCCUCCACCGAUGGCUCCUCCGAUGAUGACUUAUUCGUUGGAAAAGUCUGUGUGCAGCAAGUACAACGUCCGCGACGAGGGCGAUCCUAUCAAGCGCAUGAUUCGUGAAGGAGUCGAUAUAAAGGACGAGAGGAAGCACUUGAAGCUUCUCCUCCGCAAACGGAAGAGUGGUAACUUUGAGAGCAUGUCUAGAGACUCGCUGGGGAGUUCGGGCGAAGAAAGUGGAGACGACGACCCUUCGAAGGAGGAGGUCUUGUACGAAGACGCCCGAUUCAUUCAUCCAGCACACCAUGCCGUCAAGGUGAACCUACAAGAAUUCAACGCCUGUUUCUCCAAGAACAUGACAGCCAAGGAACUGGAGAAACAGUGCGCGGUGGAGGACUUGGGACAUAUCGUGCCGACGAUGGCGCUCCUCGACGAUUACACCGGACCGAAAUUUCCUGCGCGAGACGGUCCGAGACUCCCGAGAGAAAAACUGUUGCCGAAGGUGAAAUUCGUCACGGUGCGGACCGCCGAGGAAGCGCUGAACGCGAGAGUUAAGGCGUUCUGCACAUCGCAUCCGAUCACCAUAGUUCGGAAUAUGUGUAACGUUCUCAAGGUCGACCUCUCGCUGUUUUCAACGAAAGCUCUCUCCCAGUCAAACCCAGAACACACUAUCGAGGUUCGGACACAGUUCCAGCAGAGCUCCGAUGAAAAUUGGGAUGCUGACAAAGUACGGCAGAUCUGGCGAUGCGAAUCACAUCGCGGCCACACAACCGUCUCGAGAUACGCUCAGUAUCAGUCGGAAACCUACGUCGAGAGUCUUAAGAACAAGCUCAAGCAGAAAGGCGGCGACCUGGAGCUCCCGGAGCUCAAAGAAAUCGAGUUCUCCGACUCGGAGUCCGAUUCCAAUUUGCAGAGCGCCGGAACCCUGAAACCCAAACGCCAGCGGAGGUCGUCGAGCUUCAAGACAAUCAAGUUCGGAACGAACCUGGACCUUUCCGAUCAUAAAAAAUGGGGAGCCCAGCUUAACGAGCUCCAGAAACUCCCUCCCUUCGCUCGAGUGGUUGACGAGAGCAAUAUGCUAUCGCACGUCGGUCACACGAUACUGGGAAUGAACACGGUCCAACUGUACAUGAAAGUUCCCGGCUCGAGGACUCCGGGUCAUCAGGAGAACAAUAACUUCUGUUCGGUGAACAUAAACAUCGGACCGGGCGACUGUGAGUGGUUCGGCGUAGAUGACGCCUACUGGGGAGACAUCCACGCGCUCUGUGAGCGUAACGGCACCAGUUACUUGUUUGGCUCUUGGUGGCCUCUCCAAGAGGAUCUCCUGGCUGCGAAUAUUCCGGUGUACCGAUUCACUCAGAAGCCAGGCGAUACGGUGUUCGUGAACGCGGGCUGCGUGCAUUGGGUACAGGCGUCGGGCUGGUGCAACAAUGUUGCGUGGAACAUCGGUCCCUUCAACCUCGAACAGUACAGACUCGGCGUAGAGCGCUACGAGUGGAAUCGCAUGCAGGGCUUCAAGUCCAUCGUGCCCAUGUUGCACCUUACUUGGAAUCUCGCCCGGAAUCUGACUUUCGUUGACGUCAAGGGUGUGACCAAGAAGAUCGCCCCGAAGCUCACGGCGAAGAACGAGAGCCUCAUGGAGAAAGUGCUCUGGCUUCAAAAGCUCGGGAACGCCGCGUCCGAAGAAGACCGUAACAGCAGAAUCCGGAACAUCCAACCGGUCGAAGAAGAGCUCUUCCGACACAUCCAAUCGUGUCUGAUGACGAGUCUUCGGUGCGUAGAACGCCAGCGGAAGUUCGUGCGGCGUCUCGGCAAGAACAUCAUUUUCCACGGGCGCAACGAUGACGAAGAAACCUAUUAUUGCAACUCGUGUGAUGUGGAAGUAUUCAACAUAUUAUUCGUGAAAGAGAUCGACAAGAAACACAUGGUGCACUGCAUCGAAUGCGCACUGAAGCUUAGCAAAACCCUGAAAAACAUCGUGGUUCUCGAAGAAUACACGAAAGAGGAACUCCACCGCAUAUACGACAACUUCGUACUUAAAAAGAUUGCGGAUAUCCCCGCCUCCCGCCAUUCCUCCGGGUCAACUUCGAAUUCCUGA